UGCGGAGUGGGCGGGGCCGGGGCGCUCGGAGGCGGGGCAGAGUGGCGAGUUUUCCGUUGCGGGUAGGCCUCAGGCUUCAGCCCUUGAGUGCGGCCCGGUGCCCGGUCAUGGCCGAAGUGCAGGCGUCGCCCUUGGAGAAGGAGCGGGAGGAGGAGGCGGUCUCCUGGAGUCCGGAGGUGGAGGUCUGCCUUUUCCACGCGAUGUUGGGCCACAAGCCCGUUGGAGUGAAUCGGCACUUCCACAUGAUCUGUAUUCGGGACAAAUUCAGCCAGAAUAUCGGGCGUCAAGUCUCCUCAAAAAUUGUUUGGGAACAUUUGAAUGUCAUGUAUGACAUGCAAGCACUGCAUGAAUCUGAAAUCCUCCCUUUCCCAAAUGGUGAGCGGAAUUUUGUUCUACCUGAAGACAUUAUUCACGAAGUAAAAGAAGGGAAGAGUGGAACGGAGGAAGAACUGAAGGACGAGCACAAAGAGGAGUUGCUGGAGCAGCCACCUGCUGAGGAGGGUAACAUGAAGAUGGUGGAGAAGCCAGCGGUGAAGGAGAAGAUGCUGGUAGCCGGUGAGCCGGGGACUAAGGAGGUGAUCGACAAGCGGAAAAGGAACCGAGCCACUGUGAACCUUCUGAGUGUGAGCAGUAACCCCUCCAGCCCCAGCGGAGCCAAACGCAGGCGUAUUUAAUCAUGCCAGUUACCAUCUCAACAGAUGUGUGUCAAGGAGCCAUGGUUGUUACUUAUGGAAAAAUCAACAUAUUGGUUCUCUGGAGUGAGUAGAGAGGGGUUGAGACUCCAACUCACUUGAGGUGACUGUAUAAACAGCACACAAUGAACUGCCCUCAGGAUGCAAAGACUUGACUUUCAUCAUCCUCUUAGGUUGAGUUGUCAUUCUCAGCAUGUGAUGUUAACAGGAGGUCUGAGUGACAUUUUAAUCCAGUCUGAUAGCGGCCUUUCCAAGGUCUGUGAUGUUGAACUAGGAAUUAAUUUGUUCUGAACUGUUUAGCACCUUUCCGGUUCAGAAUUUUCUAAACCGUGUUCACAACUUUUGUGCAGUACAAACUUACGUUUUGGUCUUAUCCUGUUCAUUCAUUAUUCCGAGUCAUGUUAUAUUUUGUGGAUCCUUUUUCAAGACAGUUCACAUUAAAACCAGAUUGAAAAUGUA